AUGGAUGCCGCCCUCCGCACGUGCUUUCCCCCGGGCUGCCGUGGGGCCGUGCGCGUGUGCGUGAUGCUCGGAGCUAGGGAACACGGUGUCAGCGGGCGGCCUGGCCCGCGGCCACGUCCUCCGGGGGGCGCGCAGCGGGGACGGCCCGGCCAGGCUUGUAGCUCACACUGCUCUCUCUUCUCUUGCAGACGCCGGCUGGGCCCCCACGUCUGCCUCUCUGGGUUCGGGAGUGGCUGCUGCCCUGGCUGGGCGCCCUCUAUGGGUGGUGGGCACUGCACCCUGCCCCUCUGCUCCUUUGGCUGUGGGAGUGGCAUCUGCAUCGCUCCCAACGUCUGCUCCUGCCAGGAUGGAGAGCAAGGGGCCACCUGCCCAGAAACCCACGGACCAUGUGGGGAGUACGGCUGUGACCUUACCUGCAACCAUGGCGGCUGUCAGGAGGUGGCCCGAGUGUGCCCCGUGGGCUUCUCGAUGACGGAGACAGCUGUUGGCAUCAGGUGUACAGACAUUGACGAAUGUGUAAGCUCCUCUUGCGAGGGCCACUGUGUGAACACAGAAGACACUGACGAAUGCCUAGGGACUCCCUGUCAGCAGAGAUGUAAAAACAGCAUUGGCAGCUACAAGUGUUCCUGUCGAACUGGCUUCCACCUUCAUGGCAACCGGCACUCCUGUGUUGAUGUAAACGAGUGUCGGAGGCCAUUGGAGAGGCGAGUCUGUCACCAUUCCUGCCACAACACCGUGGGCAGCUUCCUAUGCACAUGCCGACCUGGCUUCAGGCUCCGAGCUGACCGCGUGUCCUGUGAAGCUUUCCCGAAAGCCGUGCUGGCCCCAUCUGCCAUCCUGCAGCCCCGGCAACACCCCUCCAAGAUGCUCCUGUUGCUUCCUGAGGCCGGCCGGCCUGCCCUGUCCCCAGGACAUAGCCCUCCUUCUGGGGAUCCAGGGCCCCCAGCUGGAGUCAGGACCACCCGCUUGCCAUCUCCCACCCCACGACUACCCACAUCCUCCCCUUCUGCCCCUGUGUGGCUGCUGUCCACCCUGAUGGCCACCCCAGUGCCUACUUCCUCCCUGCUGGGGAACCUCAGACCCCCCUCACUCCUUCAGGGGGAGGUGAUGGGGACCCCUUCCUCACCCAGGGGCCCUGAGGCCCCCUGGCUGGCAGCAGGGCCCUCUCCCUGCUGGCACGUGGGAGCCAUGCAUGAAUCAGGGAGUCGCUGGACAGAGCCUGGGUGUUCCCAGUGCUGGUGCGAGGAUGGGAAGGUGACCUGUGAAAAGGUGAGAUGUGAAGCUGCUUGUUCCCACCCAAUUCCCUCCAAAGAUAGGGGGUGCUGCCCAUCGUGCACAGGCUGUUUUCACAGUGGUGUCGUCCGAGCUGAAGGGGAUGUGUUUUCACCUCCCAACGAGAACUGCACUGUCUGUGUCUGUCUGGCUGGAAACGUGUCCUGCAUCUCUCCCGAGUGUCCCCCCGGCCCCUGUCAGACCCCCCCACAGUCGGAUUGCUGUACUUGUGUUCCAGUGAGAUGCUAUUUCCACGGCCGGUGGUAUGCAGACGGGGCCGUGUUCAGUGGGGGUGGUGAUGAGUGUACCACCUGUGUCUGCCAGAAUGGGGAGGUGGAGUGCUCCUUCAUGCCCUGCCCUGAGCUGGCCUGCCCCCGAGAAGAGUGGCGGCUGGGCCCUGGGCAGUGCUGCUUCACCUGCCAGGAGCCCACACCCGCGACAGGCUGCUCUCUCGACGACAAUGGGGUAGAGUUUCCGAUUGGACAGAUCUGGUCGCCUGGUGACCCCUGUGAGUUAUGCAUCUGCCAGGCAGAUGGCUCGGUGAGCUGCAAGAGGACAGACUGUGUGGACUCCUGCCCUCACCCGAUCCGGAUCCCUGGACAGUGCUGCCCAGACUGUUCAGCAGGCUGUACCUACACAGGCAGAAUCUUCUAUAACAACGAGACCUUCCCGUCCGUGCUGGACCCAUGUCUGAGCUGCAUCUGCCUGCUGGGCUCAGUGGCCUGUUCCCCCGUGGACUGCCCCAUCACCUGUACCUACCCUUUCCACCCUGACGGGGAGUGCUGCCCCGUGUGCCGAGACUGCAACUACGAGGGAAGGAAGGUGGCGAACGGCCAGGUGUUCACCUUGGAUGAUGAACCCUGCACCCGGUGCACGUGCCAGCUGGGAGAGGUGAGCUGCGAGAAGGUUCCCUGCCAGCGGGCCUGUGCCGACCCUGCCCUGCUCCCUGGGGACUGCUGCUCUUCCUGUCCAGAUUCCCUGUCUCCUCUGGAAGAAAAGCAGGGGCUCUCCGCUCACAGAAAUGUGGCAUUCAGCAAAGCUGCUCGGAGCCUGCGUGGAGACACUGAGGCCCCUGCCAACUGUAGCUCCUGUCCUGGGUCCCCGACAGCAUCACCCUCGAGGCCGGUGCUUCAUCUCCUCCAGCUCCUUUUAAGAACGAACUUGACGAAAAUGCAGACUUUACCUACAAGCCUGGCAGAAGCUCAUGGUCCCCACUCACCCACUUUGGGGCCAACAGUCACUUUCCCAGGGGAGCCUGGGGCCUCCCCUCGACUCUCACCAGGGCCUUCGACCCCUCUAGGAGCCCCCACUCUACCUCUAGCUUCCCCAGGGGCUUCUCAGCCACCUCCUGUGACUCCAGAGCGCUCCUUCUCAGCCUCUGGGGCCCAGAUAGUGUCCAGGUGGCCUCCUCUGCCUGCCACCCUCCUGACGGAAGCUUCAGCACUUUCCAUGAUGGACCCCAGCCCCUCGAAGACCCCCAUCACCCUCCUCGGGCCUCGCACGCUUUCUCCCACCACCUCUAGACUCUCUACAGCCCUUGCAGCCACCACCCACCCCGGCCCCCAGCAGCCCCCAGUGGGGACUUCUCAGGGGCAAGAGUCCACCAUGUAAGCAGGUCACUGUCCAGGAGACUCCGGAGAGAGGACACUCUGCCAGUGGCCCAGGGUGUGUGCAGGGCGGCUCCAAGGGUGAACCUGGUGGGGAUGCCUGGGCUCCCUCCUGCAGGGGCCCUGGUGAGGAUGGAAGACCCCCAAGGCUGGAUGUAACCUUGUUCCCAAGAAGUGUUUGGAAUGUGCUGUAAGAAUGGAGGAAGUGGUUUCCACUGUCAGCAUCCUCCCUGGACCACGUGGCCGGCUCAUCUUUUGAGAAGGGUCGGGGCUGCCAAGUUCUCCUGGAGGAAGAGUUGCGUCCAGCUGGGAUUCCACUCACUGGGACUGUACCGCCAGGUGUCAUGCAUCCCCCUGAGGUUUCCUGAUUAAAGGUUGUCUAGGUUUCCCCA